UCUCCUCCUGCAGGUGUUCUGCGCUCGCCUCCUGGAGGAGGCUCGGUCUCGCUCCUCCUUCCCCUGUGACGUGGUCCAGGGCAUCUUCUCCAACAUCUGCUCCAUCUACUGCUUCCACCAGCAGUUCCUCCUGCCGGCUCUGCAGAAACGCAUGGAGGAGUGGGACUCUAACCCACGGAUCGGGGACAUCUUGCAGAAGCUGGCUCCGUUCCUGAAGAUGUACGGAGAAUACGUGAAGAACUUUGAGGGAGCGAUGGAGCUGCUGAACAUCUGGACGGAGAGGUCGUCCCCUUUCCAGAGCAUCGUGCAGGAGAUCCAGAGGGAGGAGCGCUGCAGGAACCUCACUCUGCAGCACCACAUGUUAGAACCCGUCCAGAGGAUCCCUCGCUACGAGCUGCUGCUCAAAGAUUAUCUGCACCGGCUUCCUGAGGAAGCCCCGGACCACCGGGACGCCCAGAAGUCUCUGGAGCUGAUCGCUACAGCAGCAGAACACUCCAACGCUGCCAUCAAGAAGAUGGACCGAAUGAGGAAGCUGCUGAAGGUGUACGAGUUGUUGGGCGGAGAAGAAGACAUCGUGAACCCGACCAACGAGCUCAUUAAAGAAGGACACAUCCUCAAGCUGUCCAACAAGAACGGGACCACGCAGGACCGGCACCUCCUCCUGUUCAACGACAGGUUGCUCUACUGCGUUCCGAAGCUGCGUCUGAUUGGUCAGAAGUACGGCGUCCGCGCUCGCAUCGACGUGGACGGGAUGGAGCUGAAAGAGACCAGCAGCGUUGCAGCAUCCAGGACGUUCCUGGUGUCUGGAAAACAGAGAUCUCUGGAGCUGCAGGCCAGGACGGAGGAGGAGAAGAAAGACUGGAUUCAGGCCAUCCAGGCGACCAUCCAGAGACACGAGCAGACGAUGGAGAGCUUCAGACAUCUCACCUGUUCUCUGAGGGACGACGAGUCCACGCCGCCUCACUCCCCGAGCUGUGUGGAACUUGGAAAACGAGCUCCGACUCCCAUCCGAGAGAAGGAGGUGACGCUAUGUAUGAAAUGUCAGGAGCCGUUCAACUCCAUCACCAAGAGACGGCACCACUGUAAAGCCUGUGGACACGUGGUUUGUGGGAAAUGUUCGGAGUUCCGAGCUCGUCUUUCGUACGACAACAACCGCACCAACCGUGUCUGUGUCGACUGCUACGCCAUGUUGGUGGGAAUGUCGACUUCACCCGCCGCCAUGAGCAGCAGCACCCAGAGGAGACGCUCCAUCCUGGAGAAACAGGCCUCCCUGGCCGCCGAGCACAGUGUGAUCUGUAGUUUUCUUCACCACAUGGAGAAAGGAGGCGGGCGCGGCUGGCAGAAGGCCUGGUUCGUUAUCCCUGAAAACGAGCCGCUGGUGCUCUACGUCUACGGAGCUCCACAGGACGUGAAGGCUCAGCGCAGCGUUCCUCUGAUUGGCUUCGAGGUCUCUCUUCCUGAGUCAUGUGACCGGCUGGAGCGACGCCACGCCUUCAAGAUCUCCCAGAGUCACCUGACCCUGUACUUCAGCGCUGAGGGGGAGGAGCUGCAGCGGCGGUGGAUAGACGUCCUGCUGAGGGCCGGGAGGGGGGAGGAGCCUCAGGUCCACCGGCCAAUCGUGGAGAGUCUGGAGGAAGAGGGGGAGGAGCUGGCGUCUGCAGCGGAGGGGGAGAACACGUGAUCCUAUUGGAUGAGCAAGGAUGACAACGAUGAAGAUCCUUUUUCUAUUGGAAACCAUUACAAAACCAUUACAUACACACACACACACACACACACACUGCAUGAUUUCUCCUCGCUGUCAGACACAAAAUGGCGUCUCUCUCUUCUUCACCUUGUUUUUUAUCACUGUGACGCAGUGAGGUGGGCGGAGCAUCUUCUCACAGGAAACAUGAGAACCACAGUGUUUUUUUCUCCCCUCAGUUUGGUCUGAAACACCACAGUACCCAUAAGCCUCAGCUGCUAUGGAGACACGCCCACCAUCCAUCAGCAGUAAGAAGCUCUCUGAUUGGACGUUUCCUGGAACAUGAAGCUGCUGUGAUGAACAGCUCAGUCUCUGGUUGGACGGUUCCGGACCGCUGGGCUUUACGUUCCCUCAGUUUGGUCUUAAGGACUACAGUACCCAGAAGCCUCAGCCGCCGUCUGCUUCAUGUUGGCUCAGAGAAUUUAGAGAACGUUGGCUAAUAUCCACAAUGUCAUGUGACCUGGACCAACAACGUCAACAACACAAUAAAAACGGAUAUUUGUCGGACCCCCUGGUGGCCACCUGUCGGCCCCGUGUCGAACACCUGUCGGCUGUCAGACCACCUGUCGGACUUUUGUCGGACCCCCUGGUGGCCACCUGUCGGCCCCGUGUCGGACACCUGUCGGCUGUCAGACCACCUGUCGGACAUUUGUCAGACCACCUGUCGGACUUUUGUUGGACCCCCUGGUGGCCACCUGUCGGCCCCGUGUCGAACACCUGUCGGCUGUCAGACCACCUGUCGGACUUUUGUCGGACCCCCUGGUGGCCACCUGUCGGCCCCGUGUCGAACACCUGUCGGCUGUCAGACCACCUGUCGGACUUUUGUCGGACCCCCUGGUGGCCACCUGUCGGCCCCGUGUCGAACACCUGUCGGCUGUCAGACCACCUGUCGGACUUUUGUCGGACCCCCUGGUGGCCACCUGUCGGCCCCGUGUCGAACACCUGUCGGCUGUCAGACCACCUGUCGGACUUUUGUCGGACCCCCUGGUGGCCACCUGUCGGCCCCGUGUCGGACAGCCAUCUUCAACCCGACACGAUCAACAACAGAUUCUUCUGUUUUUUAAAAGAUAAAGUUUGUGGUUUCCUGAAAACAGACAGUAGACGUCAACAGUCGAAAGGAGGGAAGAAGAAGAAGAAGAAGAAGAAGAAGAAGACGACAGAUACACGUAUCCUCUUUAAAUGCACUUAGAAGACAUUUUAAUGUUUGACGUUUCCCCUGAAGAAGAAACUUUUUAAACUUUCCGAACCUGCCAAUCAAAGCGCCUGUCUGGAAGUUUCCCAGCAGCCUCUGCUCCAUCAGACCCGAAGCCGCUCUGCUGGAGAGGUUUGGUACUGCAGGUUUUUAUAAAGUCCCUGAAGACGUCUUAUUAGUAAUAUAUUUAUUUCUUCGAAAGUUCAUGACUUGAAAAGUCCAAAUAAAACUAAAGAAGAUUCAGAAUGUUGGACAUCUACUCGUCUCAAAACAGUUUGGAACACAGUCAACUUUUAUUCCACCAACGUUUGUUUGUUUGUUUGUUUGUGGUUAAAAAAAGUCACAAAGCUGAAACCCUCAGAUGACGUUGAGAUGAUGAUGAUGAUGAUGAAGACUACGUUUACAUGCACAACAUAUACUGUUAUUUGACGUUAUUUAAAUUUACUUUAUUGUUAUAAACUCUUAUUGUGAAAGGAAAGAUUCACUCAUGUCUUCAUCUGAAGCUCAUAUGAUGUAUAUUAAUACUAUAUAUAUAAAUAUAUAUAUUAAACAUACAUGAGAUAGAAUAUUAGUGUUUAUGUGCGACAUUUGAAG